AGGCCGGUGGCGGUGGCGGGCGCAGCCGGACGCUUCGGAGGCAGCGCGGAGCUGGGGUCGGCGCGGGGCCGAGGCAGGAGAGCGAGAGGGGCCCCUGCUCGGGAGUCGGGGGUGGGAGCCCCGAGGGGGGGCCCUGGCCUGGAGCUGAGCCUGGCGCGGACCCGACCGGGAAGGCCCUGGGAGCCCGGGGGAGGGAGGCGGACUGAUCCCGAAGGGGCGCAGCGUCUCUUUCGGGUCGCGGUUGGCCUUUGAACCCUGGGCGGACUCAGUCCUGGUUUUCUGAGCCGCAGUGUGGACCGCAGCCCCUUAGUGUGAGCCCCAGGAGGGCCCCCCGGUCCCAUCUGCCCCAGCCCUCGGGGAGGCCCCGCAGCCUCCGUCUCUGGACUCCAGUCUGUCUUCCAGCCACCAGCCCCUUUCCCAGGCUCAGUAGAGACCUUGGAUCUUUUCUGAAUGGCAGGGGAGACCCCUAUCCCCUUUUCCUGAAUUCCAGCGAGGCCCAGUCUUCUUCUGAGCCCCAGCCAGGGCUCUGUUCUUCUGUGGAUGCCGGGUUCCCACCGCCUCUCUUGAGACCCGGAUUGAAUUCUGACCUCCCCUUGGGAGCUUCCCAGGACCCCAGGUCUUCCUUUUCCGAAUCCCAGAGGGUCCCCAAGUCCUCUCUUCUCAAACUCUGAGCCCAAGGGAACCUCGGCCACAUAUCCUCCAAACACACAGAGGACCUCAGAUCCCUUCCUGGGUACCCCAAACUCUUAGCCCUAGUGGGGUGCUCAGAUCUCUCAGGAAAAUCAGUUUCCCUUUUGUCAGCCCCCAGCGGAGACCCCAAAGCAGCCCCUUGGAGCUGCAGGGAGCUUCAGCGGGCACCAGAUCUCAUUCCUCUGGAGCUCUUGGGGUUGACCCCCUCCUGGGAACCCGGACUCUAUCUCUAAGCCUCGGGGUGGGGGCCUUGCUUUUCCUCUGGGCCCCAUCUUCUUUGCCAAGUUCUUGAGGGCAACCUAGACCCUCCUCUGAACCCCAGAGGCUUCCCCAGCCCCGGGGAUCGUUUUUCUCUUCUGAACCCCAGAAGCAUUCUCGACUUUCCCAUUUGAGAUUCCAGAGAGGACUCGGCUCUCCCUCUUUCAUAUCCAGGGGAAACUGAGUCCGUCACCCCCUUCAAGACCCCAGGCCGCUCCUCGCUCCCGCCCCUCGAGGCCCCUCGUCGGCUCUGCCUCCUCCCCCUUCUCGACCCCACGGGCCAUAAGAUGAUGAUGUGGUCCAACUUCUUCCUGCAAGAGGAGAACCGGCGGCGGGCGGCCGCGGGCCGGCGGCGGGCUCAAGGGCAGCGCGGGUCGGGGCUGACGCCCCAGCGCGAGGGGAAGGUGAAGCUGGCGCUGCUGCUGGCGGCCGUGGGCGCCACGCUGGCGGUGCUGUCCGUGGGCACCGAGUUCUGGGUGGAGCUCAACACCUACAAGGCCAACGGCAGCACUGUGUGCGAAGCGGCCCACCUGGGGCUGUGGAAGGUGUGCACCAAGCGGCUGUGGCAGGCGGACGUGCCCGCGGACAGGGACACCUGCGGCCCCGCAGGGCUGCCCGGAGAAGCAAACUGCACCUAUUUUAAAUUCUUCACCACGGGGGAGAAUGCACGCAUCUUUCAGAGAACCACAAAGAAAGGCCUGCUGCUUUUGGUGAGUCUGGAGGUGUUCCGGCAUUCCGUGAGGGCCCUGCUGCAGAGAGUCAGCCCGGAGCCUCCACCAGCCCCACGCCUCACCUAUGAGUACUCCUGGUCCCUGGGCUGUGGCGUGGGGGCCGGCCUGAUCCUGCUGCUGGGGGCUGGCUGCUUUCUGCUGCUCACACUGCCUUCCUGGCCCUGGGGGUCCCUCUGUCCCAAGCGGGGGCACCGGGCCACCUAGAGCCACGCGUGAGACUUCUCUAAGCAACCACCAAGCCCUUUGACCUUCUCCAUUGUACCCCCAAGAUCUUUUUGCCCCAUCUCCUAGAGAAACUGUGUUCUCCCUGCUCGGGGGCCCAUGUUUUUUUACACGCCUGCUUCCUGUCCCCUUAUCCUUUCUCCCUCUGUAAAUACGUUUUUCUCGGUGCCUGUAUGUGGGUUGCUUGGGGGUGGGAUGGGAAGAGGCUCCUUGCAAACGACGGUCCCCAGAGAAGACUGGCGGGGACCUGAUGGGAUAGCUGGGGUGUGGGGUCGGGGGAUGAGGUCAGGGGGUCUUGGGUGGGAGUUGGGGGCCCCUUCAUUUCCCAGGUCUGGAUCGAUUCACUUGCCAGGAGAGACUUUUUACAACUCAUCUGCAGCUCAGGGUGGGGUUGGGGGAGAUAGGGAAGGGUCUGACCUGGCUGUGAUCUGAUUUGGGAUUAAAGGUUUGGAAAUUUAA